AUGGCACAAGAGCCUCUGACCCCCUUCGGCAACGCCCUCGCCGGCGCGCUCGGCGGCGUCUUCUCCAAUGCCGUCGUCUACCCACUUGACACCGUCAAGACACGCAUCCAGGCGGGCCAGGGUAGCAGCGCCGCCGUCGAGGUCAAGGACCCCAAGAAUCCGUCCAAGACGCUCGUCACCGUGCCCAAGAACGCCGGCCUGCUCAAGGGCAUUCUGCACAUCAUCAAGAGCAAAGAGGGGCCCUCCGGCCUCUACAAGGGGUUCGGCGCGAGCAUGGUCAACACCUUCACCACCCAGUUCGCCUACUUCUACUGGUACACUGUGGUCCGCACGCUUUACAUCAAGCGAGCGACCAAGACCGCUGCCGGCGGCGUCGCGGCGCUCAACACGGUGACGGAGCUGUGCCUCGGAGCGCUUGCAGGUGCUCUGGCACAGAUCUUCACCAUCCCGAUCAGCGUGAUCGCGACACGGCAGCAGAUUGGCUCGACCAACGAGCCGGGCAAGGAGGGCGCACCGAUCGACGAGAGCUUCGUGGGGGUGGCAAAGGACAUCCUCAAGGAGGACGGCAUCACGGGCCUGUGGCGAGGCCUCAAGCCCAGCCUGGUGCUGACCGUCAACCCGGCCAUCACGUACGGCGUCUUUGAGAGGGUCAAGACCAUCAUCCUGGCGGCGUCCGUGGAUGGCAAGAUGACGCCCGGCAAGUCGUUUCUGGUCGGUGCGCUGUCCAAGACGCUCGCAACGGUCGUCACCUUCCCCUACAUUCUGAGCAAGAUCCGCCUGCAGGCUAAGAACACGCGCUACACGGGAGCGAUCGACUGCUUGCAGAAGAUCAUGGCCGAGAAGGGCAUCAAGGGGUGGUACCAGGGCAUGCAGGCGCAGAUCACCAAGGCGGUGCUGGCGCAGGCGCUCCUGUUCUUCUUCCGAGACUACUUUGAGAUCUGGACGCGACAGCUGCUCAAGGGCAUCUCGAAGAGCAAGGCGGUCGCCAAGGCCGUCUAA